AUGGUGGAAUCCGCCGCAAUGGGAGUGAAGUGUGAGACCUUGGUUGGAAGGGGAAUUCAGUGUUGUCUGGCCCCACUGUCGGAGGGACAGACGGAGACCCAGCUGGUCUUUGGUAUUGACCCCGGAACUGGCGUCAAGGCAAGAUAUGUUGAACAUAUCGCUCGGGAACCGUCGAAGAUUCCAAGGCUGGAACUGAGUGUCCGUGUCGGACGACUUAACGCAGGGUUGCAGCCUACGGGUCAUUACAGAGGAGGGUCCAGAGUCGAAGAUCCCCCUGCUGAGUCUGUCGAAGAUGAACAGGACAACGACGAAAAAGCAGAAGAGCUCAUCAAGAUUCCUCUGCUCGUCGCAGUCGUGCCGCUGCCAGCACUGUUUUCACUCAUGCCCAUGGUCGCCGGGGCCAUCCCACUAGUCGCGGUCGUACUGCCUCGCGCGCUGGGCGCAGAGGUGUCGAAGUAUAUGGAAGCAUAUGAGCUGGAAAGUGAGCUCGCCGGCCACAUCGACACGCAGGAUUUUAAAUCUGGCAUAAUUGUCCCAACAGGGAGAGCCUAG